AUGGGCGUGAGCGCAGUCAAGUGUUGGGUGACGCUGUUGUGUUGCUGCGUCCUGCUCUCCCAGCUCACCAGCGCAGGUCCUGCUCCUUCAGACUAUGACACUGUGAACGAGGUGUACAGCUGGCUGUCAGAGCACGGACUAGACCGACGCGCUCCCCCCUCCAUGCGGCUCAGGUUCGGCAAGCGGGACAUGGGCUGGCAGGUGGCCCAGCGCUCCAUGCCCUCCCUCAGGCUACGCUUUGGCAAGCGGACCGUCGACCAGGAGGAGCCACUGUACGACCAUGACCUGGUACGCAAGGACAGUCGUACGCCAGCCCUCAGACUCCGCUUCGGCAAGCGUGAUUCAUCCUACGGACAGGAAGAACAAGAUGUUGCCAGCCAGGAGCAGUAAGAAGCAGUGGCGGGAGCAAGGUGACGAGGCUGCCACUACCCCCAGCUCCGCACAGGAUACAUGCCACUAUAUCCUACACACCUGAUACCACAAGCACCGUGCCAUAUCCUACACACCUGAUACCACAAGCACCGUGCCACUAUAUCUUACACACCUGAUACCACAAGCACCGUGCCAUAUCCUACACACCUGAUCCCACAAACACCGUGCCAUAUCCUACACACCUGAUGCCACAAUAUCUUACACACCUGAUACCACAAGCACCGUGCCAUAUCCUACACACCUGAUCCCACAAACAACAUGUCACGAUACCCUACACAUCAGAGGCAGCGGCGGGCACGCUCUUCCACUUCUCAUUCAGCUCUGCCUGUUUCUUAAACUAGUUCCCUUCUAUUUGGGUCAUAUUAUUUUCUCUGUUUGCCUAUACUGUUAUGGAUCAUUAAAUUACAUGGCCAGAACAUCGAGAAUGUUUUCUCCUAAAUAUGAUUGUAAAAUCCUGCCAUGGAUUAUAAUUUGGCUAAUAUGGUCAGCCUCCCUCACCUCAGGAAAGCUGUGUCAGUUAAACCUAGAAAUGCCAGUAAUACAAAAUAAAAACAUUACUGUGGUUACCCCCGGUCAUUGUGUAGUUUGUACUUAAGCCGCUCGUGUAUGUGCCAUCACGUGAUUGUGCUUUAUGUCGUACAAGUGACUGCAGGAUUACUUAAUUAAACAAGAAUUAACAAUAUUGGAGUUUACAGUUGUCUCAUCAAUCUCCAUCACUCCAGUACCGACUCACAACUAUAGUAAUCACACGUGAACGAUAAUUUGAAUAAGAACAUGAAACUGUCGUCGACCAAAUCUCUUAAAUUAAUGGGCUGCAGAAUGCAUUGUGAAUGGUGGCAGCGGGGGGAUUGUGGUGGAGGGAGAGUUCUAAACUGUGUAUCCGCUCCUGUGGCUGAACUAGAGAAGCUCCCAUAGACAUGGCUGCAGUCCAUAAUGUGUGAGUGUGUGUGUGUGUAUGUGUGUGUGUGUGUGUACUCUAAUCUCUUCAUACCCGUGGUGUUUGGAUAGCGUAGCUCGUUCCUAAGGAAGUUUUAUUUUACAUUAGAAGAAUCCGCAUUAAAUUGGAGGCUGGGGAAUAAAAAUUCGACUUCGUGGUUUGUCAUCGACGUUAUUAAUUCUUAAUAAUUUUUUGUAAUCAAGUUUAUUUUAAGUCUACUGUUCCACGCGGCUUCCACGGCGAGCGCGAGAGUUGGUAAUUGUGGCAUGUCUUGUUUACACUUGCUAUUCCCUCCUAAUCAAUUUCCAUUCAACACUGAAUUUAUUCAAUUGUUUUUGUUAAAGGAUGACAUGGGAGGUCCAGUGUGUUUUAUAAGAACGCUGUAGGCCUAUCGCACGGCGCCUCUAUCAAACAUCCUGUGGUCACAUCCGGGGACCUGACCAAAAAUUUAUGGAUCGAUAAUGAUUCAAAUAAUUUACCUAAAAAACUAUUGGUUUGAGUCUUAUGUCGAAGCAAUAUACAGCAGCUAAUAAUGCAUGUUUUCAAUAUAUUUUGAAAACAUAUAUAUAUUAUAUAUAAAUACAUGUGAUUUUUUUCACAGAUGUCAGCCAACGUUGUCGGUGCAAUUCAAUAUGAUUAAAUUUAUGUAUAUCUGGAAAUAAAUUUAUCUUAUUUUGAA